AUGUCACCCUCCCAGUCUCAAACAGCCAUGGAUGACACCGAGUUCGAGAAGACCCUCUUGCAGCUGCGAUGUUUUGAUACCAUGUUCCUUGUGGACGACUCAGAAGCUAUGCAGCCCUACUGGCCAGAGAUCAAGACACUGAUAGAGCGCAUUGCACCCAUCUGCGCCAAGCAUGAUCCAGACGGAGUCGAUCUGUACUUUGUCAAUCACCGACCGGGCGGUGUCCUGGCCAAAUUGCCCGGCCUCCAGUCCAUCCGCAAGUCGGGCUACACGCACAUCGGCGGUUUCGUGGGCAACAUGCUCUUGACAAGCAAAGGAAAACAGGUUGGCAGCAUCUUUGACAGCGUCAAGCCGGCUGGGAAGUGCAACAUGGGCGCCAGGCUCGGCAGCCUCCUCAAAUGGUACUGCGACAAGUACACAGCUGGGGAGGAGAAGGCUGCUCUCAAUAUCGUCGUGCUGACUGCCGGCCAAUUCGACGAUGACAUCAAAACGCCCUUGAUCAACGCUGCGCGGACCCUCGAUGAGGCCAAGGCGCCGAUACACCAGGCUGGUGUUCAACUGUUCCGCCUGGGUGGGCCGAAUCUUGAACGACAGAAGACACUGCAGCAUCUCGACGACGAGCUGCACAAAGAGGCUGGAACUAGAGACAUUGUCGACACGGUGACUUGGAGCGGACAUGGAACAUCCAUGUCGGAAGAUGAGCUGCUCAAGGUGGUACUGGGGGCGGUUAUCAAGAAGAUUGAUAUGCGUGCCUCUGAGCUGCACCUGGAUGAAAAAGCCCCGACUGCCCGCGCUGACCGGGAGUUCGAUAAGGAUAAUGUAAUCUAA